AGUGUGAUGCUGCAGUUGACAGGUUUUUCCGCUGUGCAGCGCGUGAGUGUCAUAUCCCAGCGUUAGGGAUUGAUUAUUGAUUAUUGAUCGAGAAUCAGCGACGAGUUCAGCCGCGGCUGGAUCCGGAAACAGCGCAGAAGAUGAUCAAAGCCAUCCUCAUAUUCAACAACCAUGGCAAACCCAGACUGUCCAAAUUCUACGAACACUAUGAGUCACACACAGCGCUAAUCGGCGGCUCAGACAAUAAGCUGAUCUACAGACACUACGCUACGCUGUACUUCGUCUUCUGUGUGGAUUCAUCAGAGAGUGAGCUGGGCAUCCUGGACCUCAUACAGGUGUUUGUGGAGACGCUGGACAAGUGUUUUG